AUGAUCCCAACUCGUGACGGUGCCGAGAUCGAGAUUAAAUUGUACACGGCUAAAAAUAAGCGUCCUGGCUCUGCAAUGGUUUUACGCUACCAUGGUGGAGGGUGGGUUGUUGGUGGGCAUUGCACUGAACAUUCCGAAAAUCUCAUGAUUGCCGGUUGGACAAAUUCAGUAGUGGUCAGUGUUGAUUAUAGACAGGCCCCCGAGCACAAAUUUCCAUAUGCAGCCAACGACUGCUUCGAUGCACUGAAAUGGGUAGGUGAUCGUUGCGGGAAAAACGCUGCUUCACUCGGGGCUGAUGCAUCGAAAAUUAUCCUCAACGGAAGUAGUGCUGGUGGAAACCUAGCUAGUGUUGUCGCCAUCAUGGCACGAGACGAAGGAUUCCAGGGUAUCGUAGCGCAAAUUCUCACGUUUCCUGUAACGUGCCAUCCCAAAUUCUUUCCCAAAGAGGCGUAUGAAAUGGGUAGCUAUCAGCAAAAUUCUAACGACAGUGUGGUUACUGCUGCGCGGAUGGAAUGGUUUUGGGACAUGUAUAUGCCGGAACCGACGACCGACUGGCGCUCCUCGCCGUUGCUUGCACAGUCCCUGAAAAACCUACCACCAACGUUAAUCAUAGCUGCAGGGUGCGAUAUUCAUCGGGAUGAGGCAAUCGCGUACGCAGAGAGGUUGCAAAACGAGGGUGUUGACACACAGUUAAAGAUAUACAAGGGAAUGCCGCACUGUUUCUAUAUGCUUCAGACACAUCCACAGACAAAAGACUACUACAAAAGGAUAGUAGAAUUUGUCGGGAAUUUUUCUAGCUAA